CUUUGGCCUAUACUUUUCCAAUUACAAUGAGCUUUAGCAUUGCUAGCGAUAUUGGUUCCUUAUCCUCGUCGACUAUUAUUGAUAUAAUCGGCGCGAAGGUAGUCUUCGACAGAAUGUGCGCAGACAAUAUUUGCCCUGAUGAUUUUCUUUUGGAACAGAUCACGGACCGCCUUAAUGUAGACAGUGAACUUCUUCAAGUCACUUUUGCUACGAGGGCUGCAGACAUGUUUAUAGCAUUGGUUCGUUUGCACCCUAGGAUACUCCAAGACAACAUCCCCAAGCAAAACCAUGAUAUCCUUCGAGAAUGUUCCUUAUUUCCUGGCGUCAAGAGGUUCGAAAGUACUCAAGCAUUUUUUGAAGCACUACAGAUUGAUACAAUCGUCGAAGGCGAACUUUCGUACACACAAUAUCUGGCUGCUUGUUUUUUCUCGCGGUUGGAGGAUAUACCUGUCAUCACGUUCUGUAAAUCACUAUCAGGGUUUGAAAAGUUGGCGAAUACAGCAGACUACGAGUUGUUAGCAGCACUUACAAUCGAGUACAGGACAAAUCCCAACGCGGACUUGCUGUACACGAUUUGCUGGAUAGCCGCGGCCCCUUUCUCAGGAGAGAUGAAGACUUGGCGCGGAUUCAUGCUCAAUUCUAUCUUCGCAGUAGCGGCUAUGCAAGGGUUCAGCAGCGAUAUUAUUCUUGCGCGGAGCUCACUUGGUCUAGAGUGGGCAACGUUCUGUAUGAACGACGGGUUGUUGUCGCCCACCAAGCUGUCAGAUUCGUUUGUUUCCUCCAUAUUGUAGAGUCCUGAACAGGACCGGAUCCACGUCACCGGCAGG